CGUUAACGGGGUUUGAAACGGUUCAUUACUAAUUUCGGAUUUAUAUCGCCGGCUUUUAGAUAUCUUAGGCUGUGCAUUAAUCGCUGACAUAUUUACCUGCGUAUAUUCGGGUUAUCAGCAAACUGCCUGAAGGUUACGAUUUACAUGCUUUACAAGUGACAGUGACCCAUUGGCUUUAUAUGUUUUGUACCAUUAGUCAGACAGUACAUGUUUGACGACUCGGUUACCGACAUCGCUCUCGCUGAUUUUCAAAUACUAGAAUCACCUUGCUUCAAUGCUCCUCUUGAUCGUGGUCCCCAGUUCCAUUUAAAUCUCCAAUGUCCUACAUGCGAAUCAUUCAAAGAAACUUUUGUCUGCUCUGAUUGUGUUAAAAAGGACUCUAUAUUCUCAAAAACGUCGGGAAAACUUGGCUUUCCUCAAAAUUCUGAUCGAAUUGUGAAAGUCCGGAAACUGGUCAAUGACUUGAAUAUAAAGUAGGUUUAAGGAUUAGAAUGAUUUGUGGAAUAGGAUCAAAGUAUAUGAACCCAUAUUGUCCAAGUCCGUCUUUCACACCUUCGUAAGAUUCUAUUAUUCAUACUUUAAUAUCAAAGCAGAGUAAAAUCGAGGAGUUGAAUGUUGACAUUUCGUCGCUGGAACGUACAGUUGAGUUUUUCACCGAAAUGAAUUUAGAGAAACGUAAAAAGUUACACCGUAUUCGACAGGCAAUGACACGAUGUCAUACAGCAUCUCAGCAACUUCUGAAGCAGCAAGCUAGCUUGGUUCGGCAUUUUAUCACGGUUGCACGGAGAAAAAAGUUGCUGGUAGCUGAUCUUGAUAUAGUCAACAGACAGAUUAAACACAUCCAUGAUGCUUACUUUAAGGAAUUGCUUGGGGUCUAUUUCGUGACUAACCUGUCAACUGAUGGUUUAUCUCCGGAUAUGUUUGUUUUUUCACCUUUACAUAUUGAUAAAGAAAACAUCUUUGCAGGCCCUGAACCUACCCCAUCUAGUCAUACUGCUUUAACUUAUUGCUCAGUAGCAAUAAGAGUUUCGACUAUCAUAUUAGAUGUUUGGUUGCCAGUCUCUAUUCGUCGUAAUUUGCAUUUGGUUGGUUCUUUUUUGUCUGCACUACCUCAAAGGGAUGAUAUGGGUCGUGUGUAUUUUGCAGUUAUUCAUGCUGUUCACCUGUUAUGCCAAAGUCGAGGAAUUGAUGUAAAACGUGGAUUAGAACAACUUGGUAUAAAUGUGAUUCCUGGACGGUACACAUUUUACAAUCCAUUAUUUGGAUUAUAUUGCCUUGGGAAUCUGGUCAGUCACAAUAAUAAGUCUACUAGGUACUUUGAUGAAUGUUACAAUAUAAAACUGAAUGGUCUGUUUGGAACAAUUCCAUCGUUGACUUUAAUGGAUCAUUCUACAGUUCCAUUUAGUCCACCGUGUUUUGUGGAGAAAGGUGAAGAAGUAAAUGAAAUGUAUGGCUUACCGAAGGAUAAUAGUGUAACUGUAAAAGAGAAACAAGUGGAUCAAUCCGGUUUAUGUACAGCACGUAGCUUCGAUUAUGUACAUUCACUCGAUAAACUCGAAGAACACGACUUAUCUGUUGGUUUAGAAUGUUGGGAACUAAUUUCUGUAACUUCACCACUCGAAUCUGAAUUGUGUGAAACAACUACAGUUGAUGCUGGAACUCUGGACUCAACACAGUAUUCUGGUCCACUUUCAAAAGUAUGGCGUCUAGCGAAAGGGAUUAUAGGAACUUCAGAACCUAGCGAUGGUGACGAAUAACCUAGAAAAGCAUAACUUGACUUCAUUUCACUUUUUUUAAAACCACAGUCUUUCAUCAAGCAAACUCACAGAAUAUUUAGUCUUUCAGCUUUAUUAUUUGUAAAAUAAAAUUUUUUAAAACAAGUAAAUUCUUCCUGA